UCAAUUUUAGCUACCUGUUUAUAUUCACAUAGAUUUUCAAAAUUGAAUGUUACAUUUUUAUUGAGGCAAUACUUGGCCACUGCAACUUACCACUUUUAUGCAUGUCCAAAGUAGCAUUCAACGGGUCUGUCCGAAAUGUAAAUUCCUUUGGAUCAUUGAUUUUUUUAACUACAAAUUGAUGGCUUGCUUUGGACCACUGUAGUUUCCACCUUUUUUCGCCACUAAUAGUGGUUGCCUGUUUGCGGCCUACAUUUGAGUUGUUAUCCAAUGCUGCUAAAAGUGUCUUGGCAACUGUACCUUCGUAAAGAAAAGCAAUUCUUUUUGGAACAUUUUUUAGAAGGACGUUGUGACAAAAUUCUGUGAUCUGAAGGUCAAAACAAGGAAUGUAGAAUAACUUGGCAACUUGAAAUCUCAGGGUCAUUGAUAAUUUUCCUUGUACCUCAAUGGUAACAAUAACAAAACAAAAAAAUGAAAUAUCAUUUUAAAAAUUACCUUUUCCAUGUCUCGGAGGAGUAGCUUAUUAGUGACAAUACCCUGAACUGCUUUAUGUGAAGCAGACCCAGGUUUAAACCAUGCUGUUUUACUGUACGUUCCUCUGUCUGUUCAGGGUGGUCACAUUUAUGAUACUUGGUAGCCACAUUCCAUUCCUGCUUGUCUACAAAGUACAGAAAAAAUACAGCUGAGUUACUUGAUUGAAAUUAUGGGAAGAAUGUGUGCCAUAUGUGGAUGUUCCAACAGUACAUUCAAGUUGGAUGAUUGGUAUGCAGGUUUGUGCAAAAUACAUGGUGUGAGAUUGGGAGGUUGUGUUUGCAAGCCUCCAUUUAUACUGUUUCCAUUUCCUUCAGAAAAAAAAAAUCCAGAAGGGCGUAACCGGUGGAAUAAACUUGUUAACAGAAAGACAAAAUCCGGUAAAAAUUGGACAGCCUCUUACCAAGACAGAGUAUGUUCUGUUCAUUUCAAAAAUGGGGAGCCAACUGCCGCCUGGCCUGAUCCAACUGAAAAUAUGGGUUAUGAUCAUGCUACAAAGCGCCCAAGGAACCCUCCUAAAGUGAGACCGCCAUAUUCAGAGGUGAUGGGAAAGGUGAAAAAAAGAAAGAAAGAACUAGCUAGCAGUAUUAUUAAUACAACAGGAUGUGUUGAAGAGGAACCCAUUGAUAGGCAACAAACUGUAGAAGUUGAAAUUCCAAUUGAAUCUAGUGCGAGUACAUUUUGCCUCCAGGAUCAUGACUACAUGCAGCAGACAUAUGCUACUGCUCAAACUUCCUGUUUAAGCUGUUCAGAGAAGGAACUUGUUAUUGAAGAACUGCAAUCAAAGGUUAAAAAACUUACAAAUAAAGCAAACAAAAUCCAUAGAAAACAUUUUGAUAUGGCUAAGGUUGUACUAAAGUCUGAUAGACAGUAAAACAAUAUACUGGAAUUGAGAGUAAAGCUAAGUUUGAGUGUUUGCACUCACAUUUACAGCCAAAAGUGAAAAAAAUGUCUUACUGGCGUGGUGC